UAUAUAUUUGAGUCCCGUUAGCGCGUUUUACAUACAAAGAAAACGAAACAAAGUUAUAAAGAUCGUGAUCAAUGACGCCAGGUUUUCGGUUUUACCCAACCGAAGAAGAGUUAAUAACGUUCUAUUUAAAGCAUAAGAUACAAGGCGCGAACGUCACUAGGGAUAUAUUGCGAGAUAUCGAUCGUGUCAUACCUCAACUUCAUGUUUAUGAUUUCUAUCCAUGGGAUCUCCCUCAACAUGCAGGCGAGGUUUGUCGAGGCGACCCUGAGCAAUGGUUCUUUUUCAUUCCUAGGCAAGAAAAAGAAGCCCGAGGGGGGAGACCAUCCCGCCGCACAAGUUCAGGCUACUGGAAGGCCACCGGAUCUCCGAGUGUCGUUUACUCAUCAAGUAAUCGAAUCAUUGGGAUAAAAAGAAGCAUGGUGUUCUACAAUGGUAGAGCUCCCACAGGGAAGAAGACUAAAUGGAAAAUGAAUGAGUACAAGGCUUUCCAACAAGAAUACUCCUCAAACACCAAUACUACACCUAAGUUGAUGCAAGAAGUGAGUUUGUGCCGAGUAUAUAUAAAAUCAACUUGUUUGAGGGCAUUCGAUAGAAGGCCACUAGCUGAUCACCAAACCCUUGAAAGCAAUGACCGUCAUGCAACCACGUCGACUCACCUUACUGGUCAACCGACGACACAGAUGAUUGCGAGCCCAUUUGAUCAUAGCCAUACUUCAUUUGAGGCGAUCGAGGAUCAACCUUUGUGGGAGUGGGAAGAAAAUCAUAACUGGUUGUAACCUUUUAAACAAAGUUAAAAAAAAAAAAAAA